AUGUCUGGAAGUUGGAACUUGAACGCAGCUGAGUUUAAGCCAAAUGUGAAUGCUCGGCCAUUUGUUCCAGGUCAAUCCUAUACUUCCGAAGUUCAAGCAAGUUGGGAUGCUGAACCUGAACCAGAGCCCGUCGUCGUUGACGCCGCUCCAGUUGCUCCUCCUCCAGUAGAAGAGGUUCCAAAUGUUGAGGAAAUUAACAAGAAUCUUACAGAAACCAAAAUCUCAGAGCCUAAGGUGGUCAAGGAUGACGCUCCUGUCAUAGUCGACAAGAAAGUUAACCGAGCCAAGUUGCCCGACGCCAACAGAAAGGAGCAUGUCAAUAUGGUUUUCAUUGGUCACGUCGAUGCUGGAAAAUCCACAAUCGGAGGUCAAUUGAUGUUUUUGACUGGAAUGGUCGACAAAAGAACCUUAGAGAAAUACGAGAAGGAAGCAAAAGAUAAGGGACGUGAGAGUUGGUACCUUUCUUGGUGCAUGGACACCAACGAUGAAGAGAGAGAGAAGGGAAAGACUGUUGAGUGUGGUCGCGCUUACUUCGAAACAGAGAAGAAACAUUUCACAAUCCUUGACGCUCCUGGUCACAAGAGUUUCGUUCCUAACAUGAUCAGUGGAGCAAAUCAAGCUGAUGUUGCUGUCUUGGUUAUUUCUGCCCGUAAAGGAGAAUUCGAAACUGGUUUCGACCGUGGUGGUCAAACUCGUGAGCAUGCUAUGUUAGUAAAAACUGCCGGAGUUAAGCAUUUGAUUAUUUUGGUCAACAAGAUGGAUGACCCUACUGUUAAGUGGGAUAUAGAACGAUUCAAUGAAAUUGAAGGAAAACUCACUCCUUUCCUUCGUACCCGAGGAUUCGGAAAGAGUGAUAUCACUUACAUUCCCAUUUCUGGUUUAACUGGAGCCUUCAUCAAGGACAGACCAGAGCAAAAUGAAGGAGCUUGGUACACUGGUCCAUGCUUCCUUGAGUACUUGGAUGAUCACUUAGCCUCAAUGUCCCGUGAUUUCUCAGGAGCUGUCCGAUGUACUGUCGUAGAUAAGUAUUCUGAUAUGGGAACUUUAAUUAUUGGUAAGAUGGAGUCGGGUGUCGUUGAGAAGGGAAUGUCCCUCAUCCUUAUGCCUAACAAGACUCCUGUCCAAAUUUUACAAAUAUGGAGUGACGACGUCGAAACUGAUGUCGUAGCUGCUGGAGAUAAUAUUAAAUUUAAAUUAAGAGGAGUUGAAGAAGCUGAGAUCCAAUCAGGAUUCGUUUUGUGCUCACAAGAUUCCCUAUGCAAGGUCGGAAAAAUAUUCGAUGCCGAGGUUGUUAUCUUGGAUUAUAAGUCGAUCAUUGCCUCUGGAUAUUCUUGUGUACUUCACAUUCAAGCCGCUGUUGAGGAAGUCGCUGUUAAGGUUGUUAUUUGCACUAUUGACAAGAAGACCGGAGAAAAGAAGAAGAGUAGAUUUGUUAAGCAGAAUGAGAAAUGCAUCAUGAGGCUCGAGAGUACCGAACCAUUCUGCUUGGAACCAUUCAAGGAGUUCCCUCAACUCGGUCGUUUCACCCUUCGUGAUGAAGGAAAGACUGUUGCUAUCGGAAAAGUGCUCAAAAUUGUUGAAUAA